AUGCCAAAGGAGAAGAAGUUGUCCUUGUUUUAUGGUAUCUCAAGGACAAAUUCAAUCGGCAAAGUUUCUGACUGUGGUUCCAGUGUUACUGACAAUUUUCAAAACUCAGAAGAGGCAAUUCGUAAAGGAGAAUAUGCUGUCAUCAGAAGCUUGAUUCGGGUUUUAGAGGGUGGUGUUGAAGGAAAAAGACAAGUGGAUAAAGUGAUUGACAAGUGUGCCUCCAUGCAGAACUUACGUGAAGCUAUCGCCACUUAUCGCAAUAGUAUUUUGCGUCAACCAGAUGAGAUGAAGAGGGAGGCAUCACUCUCAUUUUUUGUGGAGUACUUGGAAAGAUAUUACUACCUUAUAUGCUUUGCUGUAUAUCUUCAUAAUGAGAGAGCAGCACUGCAUCCUGGAUCCCUUGGUCAAUGCAGCUUUAAUGAUUGGAUGAAAGCAAGGCCAGAACUGUAUAGCAUAAUUCGCAGAUUGCUAAGGAGAAACCCAAUGGGAGCACUUGGUUUUGCAAGUUUGAAACCAUCUCUGACGAAAAUGGCAGAAUCUGCUGGUAGUCGCCCUUGUGAGAUGGGGCAAGUUGCUGCCUCCAGGAAUGGAGAGGUACUUGGAAGUCAAACUAUUCUUAAAAGUGACCACUGUCCUGGUUGUCAACACCCUUGUUUACCAGAAAGAGUGGAGGGUGCCCCUAAUUUUCGAGAAAUUCCUGGGUUUCCAGUUUAUGGUGUUGCAAAUCCAACUAUUGAUGGAAUACGAUCGGUCAUUCGGAGGGUUGGAAGCUAUAAAGGUGGCCGGCCUGUUUUUUGGCACAAUAUGAGAGAAGAACCUGUUAUCUACAUCAAUGGAAAACCAUUUGUGCUUCGUGAGGUUGAAAGACCCUACAAAAACAUGCUGGAGUACACGGCAUUACAGCAUCCAUGUGGUUACAGUAAUAGACAAGAGGCACAACAGUGGCACCCAGAUGCGGCAAAAACUGGCAAGGAAUCUGACACUGUUUGGGUGAUUGAUUGUAAGGAGGCUAUAGAAGGAUAUUUGGCUUAG